UUGGUUUGUUUUCUUUAAACCUCAUAACUCAGUUUUAAGUCAGAUACUAUUAUUAACUAGUUUAACAACAUUUUUUCCUACAUUUAUUUAAUGCACAGUGAAUGACUUACUGUGUUUUUAGGAUUCAAACCAGCAACUCCACCAUGUGGUCUGUAUUCUUUCUGGUCUCCUCUGGGCUUUUACUGGAAACAGGACUGUGCACUGCAGGGCAAACAGUUCUGAGAGUCACGACUAUAAAGCAAGAACCAUACACCAUGUCCAGGGGAACCGACCUGGAAGGGUUCUGUAUGGACCUGCUGCUGGAACUGUCCAAGAAAGCCGGCUUCUCCUACAAAGUUCAGCUGGUGAAGGAUAAUUCCUACGGCCGGCAGGAUGAGAACGGGAACUGGAAUGGGAUGAUAGGAGAGGUGGUUCGAGGGGAGGCAGAUCUGGCCAUCGCUCCGUUAACUCUCACCGCAGCCAGAGAGAGAGUUGUGGGAAUGACCAAACCCUUCAUGCAGACAGGAAUCAGCAUCCUGCUGCGGAAGGACAUCACCGUGGAAACGGGCGUGUUUGAUUUCCUGACCCCCUUCUCCACGGAGACCUGGGUCGGCGUGGUCGCGGCCUAUCUGCUGACGGCGGCCAGCAUCUACGUCAUGACCAGACUCAGUCCAUGUGAGUGGAGUCAACCUCAGAGUGAGGAGAACAGAUUCAGCUUCGUCCAAAGCCUGUGGUUCACAGCCGGAGCUCUGACUCUCCAAGGAACUGGUCCUCACCCCAGAGCUUUGUCUGGACGUGUCCUCACCUGCAGCUGGUGGUUGUUCACCAUCGUCCUGCUGGCCUCCUACUUCUCCAACCUCAGCUCCUCGAAGAGCCCUGAGUCCACUCAGCUGACGGUGAAAGGGUUCGAGGAUUUGGCCAAUCAGAAUAGGAUCCAGUAUGGCUGCCUGGCCGGCUCCUCCACCCUGGCCUUCUUCAAGAACUCCAACAACCCAGUUUAUCGUAGAAUCUACGAACACAUGGAGCGAAGUAAAAGCUUUGUGUCGACCCUGGACGAAGGCGUCCGACGUGUGAAGGAGGGCGACUACGCCUUUAUUGGAGAGUCCGUCUCUCUGGACUUGGCGGCGGUGCGACACUGUGAACUGGUCAGAGCUCGAGAAAUCAUCGGCAUGAGGGGAUUCAGUAUCGCCACGGCUCUCGGGUCUCCGCUCAUCAAGAACCUCAGCGUGGCCGUCCUUCAGAUGAACGAGGCUGGAGAGCUGGCUCACCUGCAGAGUAAGUGGUGGUCCAGCAGCUGUGUCCCGGACCAGGCCCGGUCUCCAUCCGUCCCACUCCACAGCCUCCGGGGGCUGUUCCUGCUCCUUAGUCUGGGCGUAGGGCUCGGAGCGCUGUUAGCCGUCCUGGAGCUCGUACACAAGAGUCGCACAACUGCAAAACAGCUAAAGAAAUCCUGCUGCUCCGUGCUGUCUGAAGAACUGAGCCUCCGUUUGAGAACCUCUGAUGUGAGCAGCGCCCUGGAGAACGCAGAAAAAGACAAAGAAAAGGCAUAAGAAAAAUGUGGAAAAUCUGAUUAAAAGUCAUUUUCAAAGACCUGUUAGCUAAAAUCAAACCUCACAUACACAGAGUUAGCAUAGCAGUUAACGUCUACUAACGGAGCUAAUGUACGACUUUCUUCUAUUCCUGAUUUCCAACUCAAAGUUGACAAGAACCGUCAGAUUGACUAACUGUUCCUGGUGCAGAUGAACAAACAUCACGAUGUUGAUGAAUAAAAACGGCCGCAGCCUCAACGUCC